AUUUCCGGGUGUGUUUGACUCGUUUCUGCUUCACAACUUUUUGUUUUCCAGGUUUGUUGAUGAAGGAAAAUGAGUCGCUGAGGCGGAAACACGAAGAAACUGUGACGGUGAGAGGAAAAGGCUUGUUUCUGAAGCCGUGAAGGAAGAAGAAGAUGGAGGUGGAGGAGCAGACAGGAGGUGUCAACGUGGCGUCCAACAUCACAGAGGCAGAAGAAGAAGAAACUCCUCCCAGGGAAGCAAACAGUAACUGCAGCCACACCGACAACAAUGUCACCUCACCUGAUGUCGCCACAGCUGAGGUCACCAUGGAAACCGGGCAGUGCAAAGACAUCCCAGUGACACCACAAAAACUGGGACCUGUGGUUGUUCAAGGCAACGGAAAGAACCCGGCGAGCGAGAAGCUGCAGAGAGUCCGCAAGUGGAGCAUCACCACAUAUAAAUGUACCAGACAGGCGCUGUCAGAGAAGCUCGGUCGUGGAUCUCGUACGGUGGACCUGGACCUGGAGCCUCGCCUCGAGCUGCUCAGAGACGACCGGCAACGCUACGAUCACGUGACCAAGCUGGCUCAGACGCUGGCCAGUCAGCUCGCCCAGCUCACAGUGACACAGAAGACCCUGGGGGACGCCUUCACCGAGCUCAGCGUCAAAACGCCGACGCUGCAUGUGGCGUUUGGUGUGAACGCAGAGGCUCAGAAGUUUCUGUCUAAGAGCGGCGAGACUCUGGUGGCGGCCAUCAAUUCCUUCACGUCCGACAUGAACACUCUGGUGAACAAAACCAUCGAGGACACCAUGAUCAACGGCAAGCAGUACGAGGCUGUCAGGGUGGAGUAUGACGCGUACCGAGUCGACCUGGAGGAGCUGAACCUGGGGCCCCGGGACACCGUCACGCUGCCCAAACUGGAGCAGGCGCAGAAAGCCUUCCAGAGCCAGAGGGAGAGGUACCAGAAGAUCAGAGACGACCUGUCCGUCAAAGUCAAGCUGCUGGAGGAGAACAAGGUCAAAGUCCUCCAUAACCAGUUAUGGCUGCUGCACAGCGCCAUAGCAGCUCACAGUUUAUCAUGUCACCGUUUCCUCGAGCAAAACAUCGGUCAGGCCAGCGAACACCUCAGCAACCCCAGCACAGACGCCCCCUCCUGGCUGGAGGAAAGUUGACCCAACAAAUUCUCCAUGCGGCAGGUGGACAGACGUGGGUUCAGAGGAGGUUUUCAGAUUCAUGGAUGCUAUUGUGGGAAAAAUCGGGGAGACACUUGAUAGGAUAACUGGUUAGGUAAGCAGGAAGUGGAAUUUAAUUUUGCGGGAUUGGGAUGGAUAUCAAGUACCUGGAAAACCCUGUUUGCCACAGAAGCAGGUAGUUAGGGAAGGUGGGAGGGGGGGUUCCUGGGGUCGGGGUGGUGGGUGCAGGUCUGGAAAGCUUUAGAAAAAAUCUGUCACUUUCCAGGUCUCAAAAUGUUGAACUCCAUGAGAGUCUUGGAAAGUUUUGGAAAUGAUGCUGAGCAUCCUGAAAUGAUAUUUAGGGCAAAAGGUUCUGAAGAGCCCUGUUUCCGUAUCAUACACACUCUCAGCGAUACACAGCACUUGUGACUUCUGACCUGUUUAACGAGCACACACAUAUACAUAUGUACCCCUGCUGGUUUUCUUGCCUCUGUCUCAGUGUGUUGGGGAGUAAAUCCAUCUAAGCCUCUGUGAAGUACUAAGCCUUUCUUUGAACUUUAAAAAUCCUCCAGUCAGAAAGUCGCAGCGACGAAAAAAGCCUCAGCACUUCAGAGCUGGAAAACAGCUCCACUGUCCCCGAGGGCUGGCAUGUUCCUCGGGUCUGUAUCAGCUAAGGUCGGGCUCCUACAGCCACUCCUGCUUUAGAUCUGGGUCCAGGUUGAUAAAAUACCUCUCAUAUCUCUUACUGAAUCUUUUGUUUUCAGGAAGCAGCUUCUUUUUUUUAUCCGACUCUGUCACUUUGACCAGUUUAAAUGCCAAACGUCACCUGUUCUCUGGCUAAUGUGUUAGUUUUUGGCCCAGGAUCAGUUGUGAUGUGAAAGAGGCACGUCUCAGUAUCAUUUAACUGUCUAAUCAAACACUAUAUCGUCGUCAGUCUGAGACCGGCUUUAGAGUUCAAGCUUAUAAAAAUUUGCUGAAAAAGCAAAGAAAAGCCACGUUGAUAAAGACUGAGAGAAGUUUAUUCCGUUUAGCUGGAAAUGCUGAAUAAAUGUGCUGCCAUGUUUUUUUUUUCUGUUCAUCCUGACAGAUAUUUGUGGAUGAAAUAACAGAAACACCUCAACAUUUUGAUGCAGCGUGCAACAUUUAGCUUGCAUCAUAAUGUGAAACCUCCCAGUUAUUUUAUCCACCCACUGUAUUUUCUUGCACUCUGUCCAAAGCAUAAUCUGCCUUAAAUAUUACGACUGUGUGAUGAAAUGUUUGGUGCACUGGCUCCUUUCUGUUGUGUGAGCUUGUGUGAAUGUGUUUGUGUUUGUGUCACUGUACCUGACAACAAGAAAACAACAGCUAUGCAGCUAUCCUUAAAAAGGAUUUUUACGCUGCCGGUUUCUUCUUUGUUUCCUUGUGUCCUAUAAAACUGUCCCAUCUGCAUUCAGUUUUGCCUCAAAGGGAAAAUUCAUUCAAUUUAAAGAUGAAGAAAAUGUUUCUGUGAUGUAUUAAAGAGGCCAAAACGAUCUGUGACUCACAGUUAAAUCAAGAAAAAACAACUGGAAACUGCCACAGUUGAGCUUUUUAUGAUUUUCAGGUGUUUAAUUGAUGUAUUUUUCCUGUUUCUUUUUUUCUGCUUCCAUUCCUCCUUAAUUAUUUUCAUGGUGCCAGACCUAUACGGAGUUUUACAAAAACCAAAGCACAAGUUAAAAGGAAAAGGAGGAAAACUCUGGGACUUUCUGUGAGGGAAUGAAUGUUUUGGGGGUUUUCUUUCCGUUUGGGUUGUAAAUGCCAGACACAAACCAAAAUGUACAUAAAUAACUGUUAAAACUACCAAAUAAAUCAAUCCAGAGUAAAAAUGCAACACAUUUUUCUUGAAUAAAAAGUUUUUUCUGUCUA